CAAGAAAAUACUACAGAAGAGACUCUGAGAAAAUUCAGCAGUCAUGCAUUGUUACAUAUUCUUUCCUAUAAAAGAGACACAAGUUGUGAGUGCAGGAUACAAUAUAUUUUUAAAAAAAGCAAGAUUGUUUGCCGCUGAAACCUAUCAGACAGGCAUGAAGGAAUGCACUGUUAAUUUUUUCAUAUAUCUAUAUCUCUAUAUCUAUCUAUCCCUGGUAACUAUCUAUUUAUCUAUCUAUUUUGAAUUAAAAAUUUUCUGUUCAGAUUCCCUACAUCAACAAAGUUACAUUAUAGGUAGAUGAAGGAUCGAGGAAUGUGAAUUUUUCUGUGGACUACCAUAUUACAUUUUUUUACAUUGAUUUUUUUUUUUACUGUUCAGGGGCAAUGUAACAAUGUGUACUUAAGGCUAAAAUGAUACCAUAUGAUGGUCUUGAUUAGGCUGAACAAAAUUUCACACAGAGAAUCCACUUUUUACAAUGACAACCUUUUUUUCUGUCUAAGAGCUUCUUUGAACGACUAAUUAACUCUUGUCACCUGAACAUAGAAUAUGAAAAUAUUGCCAGAUACCUUUGAUGUUAGUGACUUGUGUACAGUGGUUGUUGGUGGUUUUUUAUUUUUCAGUUUCUGAAAUUCUCACAUCAAAAACAGACUGGAAAACUGUGCCAACAUUUGGAGUUUUGAGAACCUUGUUUACCCAGGCAAGUCUUGUUGUUUUUUUGUGGAGCUUUUACAGUUGUACACAUACGUUUACUGUUUACUCAAGUAAAGAGCAAGUGCAGGCUAAAAAUAUGUGUAACCUAUAGCUAAUCUGAUGGAGGAGUGACAUUGAGACUUUUACUUUUAUUUUAACAUGUGGGCAGACAAUAUAAUUCUUCUACUUUGGAUACUUGUAAAUAUUGUGGAAUUUAUAAAAUAAAAAAUAAAUGCAAGUCGGCACAGCUAUUUCAUUGUAAGAUGACUUUAUCAUACAUUGUCUCCCUUUUGUAAGAGCUCUGUAUGUUCACCAUUGGGUAGUGGGUGGUUCAUGGUGGGCGGCCCGUGGGUGCGCAAAAAUAUAUUGAUGAUGGCGGGAAAACUGGAAAGAAGUUCCAUUUUUUUUAAACCGUGUUCUUUUAUGAGAACCUAUAUUUUAGUGGGGGGUGGGGGGGGGUGUGUUCCACUUCUAAAUGAAAAGUCUUAUCAAAGGGUAUGGGAAAAAGAAAGGUUGGGCACCACUUUUCUGUGGGAUGGUGACUAUGUUCAGUGUUCCACAUGACAACCAAACAAUUUAAGACAACACAACUUACCUGAAAGCUAUGUAUUUAAUUCGAUCUAAUACUAGAUGAUCAUGCAUUGCAUAUUACAAAUAACUGCGGUGCAGCUCACCACCAAGGAUUCUACAGGAACUAAAUACCAAGUACUACAAAUCUCAUUCUGCUCUACAUUAUGAUCCUGCUCAAAAGGUUGCUUCCGCUCUACUGACUAUUUCUAUUUUAAAACUAUCCAACAAACAUUCCAUACAUUACCAUAACAACAAAAGUUGAUCACACUCACUUGACAACAAACAUUGCACAAGUUUCUCCUAGGAUGCUUCCACACAUACCAAAGCAUACAAUGGACGUGCAGCAAUUUCACACCAUAUUCUAACUAUACACUGUUCUUAAAAUAAUCUCUACAUAAGUUUUCCCCUCUUCUUUGUUAACAAGCUGUAAAAAUCGGUACAAAAGUGAUGCUUGUCUCUAAUGAGCUUAACUGUAGUUAUUUUCAUUGUGUUGAUAAAAUAUUGUUUGAUGAUUGAUUGAUUUACUCAUAUGACUGUCACCAGUUGUUUUCAUCACUCAACUGCAAGGAAGUCCCUGACAUUCUGAUUCGUUCCUUGGAUAAUCAGGAAGUCAACAGCAGCUCAACCCUCAUCUUCAUGUCUGUCAUGUACAUUGCUUUCCUAGAUGCUGCAGGAUUUAUCAAAGGUUUGGAAGUAAUAUAG